GCAUUUCCAGCAAGCUUCCCCAUCAUCAUGACGCUCGCAGCUGACCUCGACCUCGACUCUCUACUGGAGAAGGCUACCCGUGCUCUUCAAGAGCGCCAGGCUGCCGUCAUCUCCCUCCAAAUAGAAAACGAAAAGAACGCCUUAGAAACCGUCAAACUCGACCCAGGGAUCCAGCGGAAAGAUAUUGUCUACCUCGACAACAAUGAUAAACGAAGGGGUCCUGUCCGCCUCAACUUGGAGAAGGCGGUGGUGAUAGAAACCGAAGUGGAGAAGGACAGCGCAGGAAAGCCGAAAGACCCUGUUGCGCUGUGCAGGCAGAAGGUGCAGAAUGGGCCCGAGAAACUGGUGGUUCAGGCAGCACUGGAGACCCUGCCACCAGCUUUGGAUUGGGAUGCGAAGAAGAAGAAGGCGGAUGCUUAUUCUUGGGCGCUCCACCAGAUGACAAGGGAGACCUCUGGACCGAAAUGGUUUGACAUGCCCGCGCCGGAACUGACGGACGAGAUCAAACGCGACCUUCAUAUUCUCAAAUCCCGUUCGGUGCUGGACCCAAAACGGCAUUACAAGAAGGGCACCCUGAACAACCCGCCAAAGUUCUUCCAGAUGGGAACAAUCAUCCAAGGCCCCACUGAAUUCUACUCCAGCCGAAUGACGCGCAAAGAACGCCGGGACAACAUCGUGGAGGAAUUGAUGGCCGACACGGACUCGCGAGCAUAUUUCAAGCGCAAGUUCUUAGGCAUCCAGGAGGAGAAGGACCAGUUCACAAAGAAGGGAUGGAAGAGGCGGAAGGAGCGGAAGUAAUGAUAAAGGUGCUUUGGAGACGUCGUUGUGCGUAUAGAUAUAGAGUAAAUUAUUCGUAGGCAAUUCAGCGGGGUCCAGUUGGAGUAGAAUCAGUGUACAUAGUAAGAAUAGGAUGUGCUCCGGUCGCAGCUCCCAAU